AUGGGUAAAGGAAAGCCAAGAGGUCUCAACGCCGCCCGCAAGCUCCGCAACCAUCGCCGUGAGGGACGAUGGGCCGAUCUCCACUACAAGAAGCGUCUCCUUGGAACCGCCUUCAAGUCUUCUCCCUUUGGUGGUUCUUCCCACGCCAAGGGUAUCGUCCUUGAGAAGGUCGGUGUUGAGGCCAAGCAGCCCAACUCCGCUAUCCGAAAGUGUGUCAGGGUUCAGUUGAUCAAGAACGGAAAGAAGGUCACCGCUUUCGUCCCCAACGACGGUUGCUUGAACUUUGUGGACGAGAACGACGAAGUCCUCCUUGCCGGUUUCGGUCGUAAGGGCAAGGCCAAGGGUGAUAUUCCCGGUGUGCGUUUCAAGGUCGUCAAGGUUUCCGGUGUCGGUCUCUCGGCACUCUGGAAGGAGAAGAAGGAGAAGCCCAGGUCAUAG